UCCAUUGCAUCGUCUUCACGUGUUCUACGAGCGUUCAACGUGUUUGCUGUCCGAUUUCAGUUAGGCCCGUGCUGUGCACAAUGAAAGCGAAAAAAGGCGCAUUGAACGCAACUACAAUUCCACCGCCAAAGUCCUCCAGUGGAAUGAAGUUGCCGAAGCAGAAACGUGCUGUCCUUAAUUUGUCUCCAGAGGUGAAGAGCAGUCAACCGGCAGGAGACGUCAAAGGCAAGUAUGCAAAAGCGAGUAGCCGGAAAAUAUUCCCACCUACUGCUGGGAAACUCGGCAAGCAUGGAAAACCUGGCAGUGCUAAUCGCAGAAUGGCGCAAGCAACAAGUGAAGUGCCGAGCCAAGCUGCCGAUGAAGAGAAGAGUGCGACCGACCAGCCAGAGCAUCGUCCGCAUAAGCGUGGCCCAGAAGGCAACGACGACGAUGCGUCUGAGCCGAAGAAAAUCAAGCUGAUCGAAAUGAAGAAGAAGCAGAGAAAACAAGAACGAAAAAAGCAUGAGAACAAGUUCUACGAGAUCUCCAAAGCAGCGAAACGAAUCUGGGAAGAUUUGCGGCUAAAGUCCUGCACACCGCAAAGGCGCGAGGAGUUGCUAAACCAGCUGGCCAAAGUAGUCAAGGGCAAUAUAAAGCAGCUAAUCUUCGCACAUGACACGUCCAGAGUGAUUGAAUGCAUGGAACACUUGGGAACUGCGGUUCACCGCAAUAUGAUCUUUGAAGAGGUGAAAGACAUCAUCAUUCCUAUGACCAAAUCGAAAUACGCCAAGUUCAUGGUGAGGCAGAUUCUUCGGAACGGCACAGCUGAACAGAAACAGCAUGUUAUCAGGGCAUUCAGCACACAAGUCGUGAGUCUACUGCACCAUGUAGAUGCUGCGGCGAUAUUAGAGGUCAUCUACAACGAGUAUGCCAAUGCCUUGCAGCGUUCCCUGUUGUUGCAGGAGUUCUACAGCCGCGAUCUCGCGCUCUUCAAGAGAGACAAAGUGAUCACUUUUGCUGAUGCUCUUGCCGAAUCCGCAGAUUCCGCAAAAAUGAUUGAAAAUCUGAAGGAGUCGCUGAUGAAAAUUAUUGACAAGCCAGUGAUUCGCCACAGUAUCAUACACCAUCUCGUGCUUGAAUUUUUCAAAAGUGCCGAUGCCAACUCCAAGUCCGAAAUGAUUCGAGCACUUGGCGGGUCGCUCGUGGAAAUGGUGCACACGAAGGAUGGUGCACGUGUCGCCAUGCAGUGCAUCUGGCAUGGAACUGCAAAAGAUCGAAAGACGAUAAUCAAGUCGUUCAAAACGUACGUUGCCAAAAUAGCACGAGAAGAACAUGGGCAUAUGGUACUUCUAUCCAUAUUUGACUGUGUGGACGACACGAAGCUCGUUGAAGGAAUCAUUAUUGCAGAGUUGUUGAAAGAGCCUCUUGAAUUAUUGAUGGAUGCACAUGGGCACAGAGUGCUGGCAUACCUCGUUGCACCAAGGGACGCUCGCAUAUUUCACCCGCAAGUUGCUGCCAUCCUUAAGGAGGGUGACAGCAGUAGCACCAGCAAAAAAGACCCAGAGGUACGCAAGCAGGAACUUCACAAAAUGUCUGCAAGUGGGCUUGCGCAGGCAAUUGCCAACAAUAUCGAGGAACUCUUAACUUGUGGUGGCCCUACUGCAAUAGCCCUUUAUGUCAUCCUGACCAGCAUGAGCACAAGUGAAGCAGCAACGGCCUUCAAAAGUAUAGCGAAGCUUCUUGAUGCAUCUCCCUACACGAUUUCCAAGGACCAGGAAAGCUCGCACCUUUUUGAUCAGGGCUCUGCACGUUUCUUUCUGAAGAAGAUGGCUACCCAUGACAAGGACAUUGGUGACAAAGGGCAAGACUCUUUUUGUGGUGUAAUUGCCAGUGAAGUUAAGAAGGAAACUAUGUCAACAUGGAUUGGGUGCAACUUUGGAGCUUUUUUCCUUGUGCAGCUCUUGGAAACUGGCAUCCCUAAAGCAAUUGAACGUGUUCAAUCUGCACUGGAAGGAAAGCACAAUAUUCUUAAGAAGUCUGAUUUCAAAGGUGCUGCUGUUCUCAGAACGAAACUGCAAGGCUUGUAGUGAGGACACACCCUGAAAGAAUAAAGGUGUUCUUUUAUA